AUGUCACGCACCUGGACUUCAAACCAGAACGCCCGUCCCGUCGUCGCUAUCCCAUCACGCCAUCCGCCCAACAGCCUACAGGUGCGUUAUCACAGCGACGACCGCCCGUCAGCAAGCCCGGCCAACCAGCUCCGCAGCACUAAAAGCACGUCAUCGAGGGCCCGGGAGUCGGAAUUCAGCGGUUUCAUCAGAGACAAGGACCGUCGGCCCUUCUUCUUUAUGCCAUAUAUAUCUGUUAACUAUUGCGUGCGUCGCGCGCGUCAAUACAUGUUCAGACGUACGACGGAAUACAACCUUGUUCCAAAGUGCGAUUGCGAUUCCGCAGAUUCCCAUGCUUCCGCCCCAUGGCGGACCCCGGUCGUUGAUGAUUUACCCAUGUGUACUGCAUUAAAACUCUCGGCUUCCCCAUUGCGUUAA